AAAGAACCUAUAGAAAUGCUGGCAAUUUCAAGAAACCGAAAGUUGCUACAGUCUGGAGAGGAGAACCAGGUCCUGGAGUUGUUAAUUCACAGAGAUGGGGAAUUUCAGGAACUAAUGAAAUUGGCACUUAAUCAGGGAAAAGCCCAUCAUGAAAUGCAAGUUUUAGAAAAAGAAGUAGAAAAGAGAGACAGUGAUAUUCAGCAACUACAAAAACAGCUAAAGGAAGCAGAACAGAUACUGGCAACAGCUGUUUACCAAGCAAUAGAAAAACUCAAGUCAAUAGAAAAAGCAAGAAAAGGUGCUAUUUCCUCUGAAGAAAUGAUUAAGUAUGCACGUAGGAUUAGUGCAAGUAAUGCUGUGUGUGCCCCACUGACCUGGGUCCCAGGGGACCCACGGAGACCAUACCCAACUGAUUUGGAGAUGAGAAGUGGAUUACUGGGUCAGAUGAACAAUCCUUCCACUAAUGGAGUAAACGGUCAUCUCCCAGGGGAUGCACUUGCAGCGGGCAGACUGCCAGAUGUCCUUGCUCCACAGUAUCCCUGGCAGUCAAAUGACAUGGCGAUAAAUAUGUUGCCACCAAACCACAGUCAUGACUUUCUGUUGGAACCUCCAGGGUACAACAAAGAAAAUGAGGACGAUGUAGAGGUUAUGUCAACGGACUCCUCAAGCAGCACCAGUGACUCUGAUUAG